AUGGAUCUCAAACAGAUGCUCACCAGUCGUUACGGCGACCUGACUCGGGCCGGUGUGGCCGAGUGCGUGGCCACUGGCAUACUAGUGCUGUUUGGGUGCGGCACCUGCACCGCUAAAUUAAGCAUCACUCUGCCAGGGGGUCUCCAAGUGUUGUCGCCAGAGCCAGCUCUGACCCUAAUGGGUGUGGCGCUGAUCUUCGGUCUGGUCAUUAUGGCAUUGGCCAGCAGUUUCGGUCACGUGUCCGGCUGUCACAUCAAUCCGGCGGUCACUCUGGGCGUACUCAUCGACGGCCAGAUCGACAUAUUGAAGGCAGUGGUCUAUUGGAUCGCACAGUUCUUGGGCGCAGUCCUCGGAGCGUCUAUACUAUACUUCAUGAAAACCGAGAGCAACCGAGACCUGUGCCAGACCAAGAUCACCGAUACAUUGAUCAACGGCCCCGGCGCUGCCAUAGUCCUCGAGGCGUUCAUCACUUUCCUAUUGGUGUUUGUGGUGUGCAAUGUAUGCGAGUCUAACCCCACGUUCGCUCCGCUGGCCAUCGGCCUCACCGUUACGGUCGGCCACUUGUUAGCC